AGGAAAUGUCACAAAUGAGGCUCGAGGAGCAGGAACUUGGAAGACACAGAGAGAUGGCACGUGGCAUCCACUUGGUGAGGAUGUGGAGCACCUGUAGGGAACACAGAAGGUCAGGAGAUAGGAGACAUAAAGGUGGCCACUGCGGCAGAUGUGGAUGUACCUGAGAAGAUGAAGAUUCGAAUCCCUGUGGUACUCCUCGCCUGUGGCUCCUUCAACCCCAUCACCAACAUGCACCUGCGCUUAUUUGAGGUGGCCAGAGAUCACUUACACCAAACAGGACUGUACCAGGUGAUCGGGGGUAUCAUCUCACCUGUCAAUGACAAGUAUGGGAAGAAAGACCUCGCAGCUGCCCGGCACCGAGUGGCCAUGGCCCGGCUGGCUCUGCAGACAUCAGACUGGAUCCGGGUGGACCCCUGGGAGAGUGAGCAGGCGCAGUGGGUGGAGACGGUGAAGGUGCUGAGGCAUCAUCACAACCAGCUGCUUGGAUCUCUGCCCCAGAUGGAAGGCGCAGACCAUGGCAAGACUCACUCUCCAGGCCCCUCAGCUAUGCCUGAGCUGAAGCUCCUCUGCGGGGCCGAUGUCCUGAAGACCUUCGAGACCCCCAACCUCUGGAAGGAGACGCACAUCCAGGAAAUAGUGGAGAAGUUCGGCCUCGUGUGUGUGGGCAGGGCUGGUCAUGAUCCCAAGGGCUACAUCUCGGGCUCACCCAUCCUGCAGAGGUACCAGCACAACAUUCACCUGGUCACGGAGCCGGUGAAGAACAACAUCAGCUCCACCUACAUCCGGCAGGCCCUUGGCCUAGGGCACAGUGUGAAGUACCUGCUCCAGGAUGCAGUCAUCGCCUAUAUCAGGGACCACAACCUCUACACCAGGGACGGUUCCUGAAAAGGCCGUGGCACCCAGAGGAAUGACAAAGGCGAGCCAGGGAGGAUGCACCUCUCCUCCGGGGUCCUUUGUUUCUUGCUUUUCCGUGAUUCAUUUGUUUUCUUUUGACAAUGAUCCUUUUCAACUCUUCUUUCUUUAGAGGAGUUCUCUGUCUUGGGAAGAUAUACCAGUGUCUACAUCGCCAAGGAUGGACAUUUAUCAAAUAGGUUCAGAUGGGUGACAGGUCAUUCAGAUUAGGCAAAAGCUCUCAGAACCUCUGGACAAGGAAACCUUCUUAUCCUGUAAAUGGUAAUUAUAGUGUGUGCAGGGAAGGCGGUUGUGAGCAUAGCAGGGGCCCCCUGAGGGUCAGGCCAGAAGUGCCCACAAUGCACUUUUUAACUAGGACCAGCUGCAGAGUGCUGGUCUUGAUUGGAGAGACCUGACAGGAUGCUAAUUACUGAACAGUGGGCUUUGUCAACGCCUUGUUUCAAACAAAAUAAUCCUAAUUGAGGAGUCAAAAAUUUGGAAGUAGUACUUGGCUGAUUUACAAUCAGCCUUCCCUCAUGGACCAUUGUCUACUGUCUACUGGCUGAGAAUAAAAUCAAAACUAAACUCUAAGUCAUGAUGUUCAAACAAUAUUUUUGAUACUGAAGAUAUUUUUUUAACCAGCUGUUGCACAGGAUUCCUGAUUUCCAGUCUUGUAAAAGGAAAUUGAGGUAAAGCAGAUGCCUUGACUAUUUUAAAGUAUCUUUGUGAGUGUUUUAUUACUGCCUGCCUGUUUGAAUAUUGGCAAAGGAAUAAAUAAUAAAUCUACCUCAAAAAAGUACUAAUGAA